UGAAACCCUUUAUGAAUGGGAAUCGACUCCCGAGUUCGACUCACUCGAAAGAGUCGUUUAAAGGAUUCGGUCCGUAAUGGAUCGAUUCUUCCAGCAGCGCAGUGAAAGCAGAGGCAGGACGGGAAAGAUCUUACAGUCCAACACUAAUCAGAACCCUGGAGCUCCUCGAACUCCCCUCAGACUGACAGAGUAAAUGCAGGAAAUCAGGAAGUAGAGAGAGAUCAGCAUGUUAAACCCUGCUGCUAACGGGGACUCGGUGCCUGUGCUCUGCAGCUAUGCGGAGGAGUACCUGGAGCUGGUCGAGUCUUUACCGCUGGACCUGCAGAGAGGGGUUUCUCUCAUGAGGGAGAUAGAUGCAAAAUAUCAAGAGAUCCUGAAGGAGCUGAAUGACGUUUAUGAGAAGCACAAGCAGGAAACGGAUCCUUUCCAGCGACGGCGUCUCCUCCAGCACGUUCAGCGCUCUCUGAUCCGUACUCAAGAGUUGGGAGAUGAAAAGAUCCAGAUCGCGGGACAGAUGGUGGAGCUGGUGGAGAACCGCACUCGUCAGUUCGAGUGGCAGGUGGAGCUUUUCCAGGCUUGUCAGAGUUCCCCAGAGAGCACCGUGUCCGUUGGGAGCGCCGCUUCCCCUGCUGUGACGACUGUAAACCUGACACCACUGUCUACGCCGCUUAUGUCUCUGGGCAAAACGGGGACAGACAGAAAGCGGGAGGAAAUACCAGGGUCGGGGGAUAAGGUGAGCGGGAAGCGUUCGCGGAGACAAAAGAGUGGCUCUGAAAAUCGGGACAACUCCAAUUGUGGUUUGGAGCACAGCAACGACACUGUGAGCGUCAUCACCCCAAAAGAGAAGAAGGCCAGGACGUCGUCGACAUCGUCGACGAAAAAGAAAAAGAGGUCCAAAGCGAAGCAGGAGAGAGAAGCGUCUCCGACAGACCUCCCCAUCGACCCGAACGAACCCACGUACUGCCUGUGUGAGCAGGUUUCGUAUGGAGAGAUGAUCUGCUGUGACAACGACAAGUGCCCCAUCGAGUGGUUCCACUUCUCCUGCGUCGACCUGCACCACAAGCCCAAGGGAAAGUGGUACUGUCCGAAAUGCAGAGGGGACAACGAGAAGACAAUGGACAAAACCCUCGAGAGGGCAAAAAAGGAAAGGGCUUAUAGUAGGUAGUCUCUCUCUCUCUCUCUCUCUCUCUCUCUCUCUCUCUCUCUAUCUGACACACCUAGUGCCUUUCCUCUGAAAGUUAAUAAAUGUGGACUUCACUUCAUUUCACAUGAUUAAGCAGCAGCAUUAAAGGAAAACACCAGCUUUAUUAGUAUAAUUUUUGUUCUGUAUCUCUGUUCAAUACAACUGUGUGUGAGAGAGAUUAUUAUGGGCAGAAAUUCCUACGUUUCCCUUCAAAUAAAAUAAAAAAAAAAACCUCCAUAAAACCUGUUUACUGAAUUUUAUAAUGAAAAUCUACAGCCAGCUGUUGCAGUUUAAAGUUUUUGCGAAUAAAACGUUGUGGAUUUCACCAACAGCUUUCGGAUUCUGAUUUUCUUCAGUCUCUGCACGUUUGGUAUGACCUUCUAAAGAAGUAACAAAUCCACCCACUUGGCUCGAAUGAUUCCUCGGUCCAAUCCGGCGGCUCGUUUAGAGCAGCAAUUCCUCAGUUUCGGCUUACGAUCCGUCUACAGUUUGAUGCACAACAAUCGGAAAGAAAAACAUCACCAUGGUUUUGUGGCGUUAUAUAUGAGCUCUCAUUAAAUGUGUAGAAAAGAAAAAUCGAGCUUGAAGGAUGUAGCAGAGGUCAUUGGUAGCUGGCAGUUAGUUUGCUUUGUUCGUCUAAUCUAAGAAGGAAGUGAGUACAAAGCUGAGAACGAGAAGGUUCAAGUGUGUUUGGAUUUAAUGAGUUAACUUUUGAAAAUGUGUACCGUUUAGCGCAGCUACUACUGUUUCUCAUCGGAACUAAGAAAACGUUGGACAGGCCACACCCAAAAGUAACUUAUCACUUGCUAGCGUGAACGUAGGACAUCUUCUAAAUAAAAACACUGCUGUGAAUUUGUUUUGGUGAACAGUUUGAAAAGUUAUUUAGAUGUUAUUUUUAUGGUUUAUUUCCAAGCAGUGUUUUAAUCAGCACUUCGUUUGUUUGUUUGUUUGUUUGUUUGUUUGUUUGUUUGUUUUUGUUUGAAGAAUAUAGACGUUGGUACAGAAAUUAAAUAAGUACUGGGUCAAUGCUUGAGAUGUCCUGUGUGUUUGUUUUUUAAUUCUAAUUCUGUUCGUAUCAGACUGUAAUGAGUUUGCGUUCGAUGUUUUCAGUGUUUAUCCCCGGCAUUUAACAGCUGUGUUCGGUCUUCAUUAUCACGGGUUCUGGUUUAUUUUCCCUCACUAAAGAGAAAUGUAGAAAUUCUUAUUCCAAAUAAACACACACAGGAACCUGGAGGAGUUCUGUAAAGUUUCUCUAUUUGCAUCUAGUUGUAUUCAGGUCUGCAUGACUCUCAAAUCUCUUUAUGUACACAAUAUCAGCAUUUCAUAUCAUUGCGUUUUUGUAUUUCAGUUUACAUCAUAUUCAGUGCCACAGUUACAAUAAAACCAGAAUUAUACACA